GUUGCAAGCUUCGUCCUUCCCAGUCAGCUGAUCGCCAAUGGCGGAGAGCACUCGAUUCCCUUGCUGCUUGUUUGGACCGUUCCAUUAUCGUCCUGCUUGUGUCAUGCCAGUGCGCCAGCGACAUGAACGCGCAAACCACGAGCUGUUACAUUUACAGCGACGACAAAUCGAUGCCACCCGUCUUUUUGCCGGAUAGACAACCGGUCUUCGUCGGCAGAAACGUCGACACCAAAAUCACCGAUCCGCACUGCUCGCGCAAGCAAGUACGUUUAUGUGCUAGCUACAAGGAUCACAAAGUAUUUGUUGAGCAGCUGGGAUCUCGCGCGUCUGGACUGAAUGGUUACAAGACUGAAAAGGGAGUGAAAGUCGUUGCUCAACACGGAGAUCGCUUGGAAAUUCUGUAUGGUAGGCACCCGUAUCAAAUAGAAUUCAAUCCCCCCCCAUUAGCUAAUAUCAAACGUGAAGGCACUGCCAAGAGACUAGUUUCACAAGAGUCAGAGGAUGAAGAUGACAACGAACCUCAGCGAUCAAAGAAAUUUAAAUUAACGAGUACUGCCAUGGGGACAGAAGAGGAUCAAUUGUUCAGUGGACAGCAAACAAGCACGGAACACAGUUCCAGUGAUACUAAUAAUGAACCAGGCAGUCCAAGCGAAUAUGGUGAAUGGGAAUACUUUGACAACAAAACUUUGUAUGUUUACACAAGCAAUGGCUGCCAAGGGAGGUCCAAAAUUGCUGCAUACGACAUGGAUAAAACUCUCAUUAAAACAAUCUCUGGCUUGCAAUUUCCUAAAGAUUGCAAUGAUUGGCAAUUGCUCUAUCCCGAUGUACCUGCAAAAAUUAAGGAGUUCUACAAGGAUGGAUAUAAAAUUGUAAUAAUGUCUAAUCAAGCUAGUUUGGGUACUGGAAAGAUCAGAGUCAAAGAUUUCAAAUUAAAAAUAGAAAGGCUAGUGAAAAAAAUUGGAGUGCCUAUGCAGGUUUAUCUUGCUGUGGGUGAAAGUAUUUAUAGAAAACCACGUACAGGGAUGUGGCAAUUUCUGGUUGACAAGAAAAAUGAUGGAAUACAAGUAGACAAGGAAAAUUCCUUUUAUGUUGGGGAUGCUGCUGGCCGGCCAGCCAAUGCAUCAAGAAAAAAGAAAGAUCAUUCUUUGGCCGAUCGAUUACUAGCAUUGAAUCUUGGUUUAAAUUUUCAAACACCAGAAGAGCAUUUUCUUGGUCAGAAAGAAGCAUCGUACAAUGCUCCAGCAUUCGAUCCCAAGGAGGCUAGCAAAAACACCGUUCUUUGUGAGCCAAGUCAGACCAAGCUCACAUCCGAUGAGCAGGAGUUGAUCCUUAUGGUCGGUUGUCCUGGCUCUGGGAAGUCUCACUUUGCCAAAACUCAUCUGAGGAAUUAUUGCUACGUGAAUAGAGACACACUUGGCAAUUGGCAGAAGUGUGUGUCGAAAACUGACGAAGCCUUGAGUCAAGGGAAAAGCGUAGUCGUCGACAAUACAAAUCCAGACAAAACCACGAGGCAGAGGUACAUCGAGAUUGCAAAGAAGCGUGGCGUGCCUGUGAGAUGUUUCGCGAUGGCUCUAGACAAGGAGCACGUAAGGCACAACAACAUGUUUCGCAUAUUGACCGACCCGACGCAUCAGGCCAUCAGCGACAUGAUCAUCAAUAGCUACAUCGACACGAAAUCCCAGUUGGCCCGGCGCUGCAUAAGAUUCGUGAAGCUGCUGCUUUUGUUGUGUCUUCGUUUCUACAUUCGCUUCUCCAUCCGUUUCUCCAAAACUCUCCCCACAUCUUACAGAAAGAACUUCAAGCCACCGAGCGAGGACGAAGGCUUCUCCGAGAUCGUCAAGAUCAAGUUUGUGCCGUUUUUCAAGUCGGACGAGGACAGGCGUCUUUACGAGAUGUACCUUCUGGGCUGAGAAGCGAAGCGUGCUUAGCAUCAAGUGGCGGAGAGCAGGCGGCGGGAGAGAGGAGGCAAGGGAGCCCCUUGGCUUUUAGCGCCGAUCCUCUCGGUCCGUCGCAGAGUUGCGCAAAGCAUGGUGUUUGUCGUGCACCUAAUGUAUCGCGAGCGCUGAAUGCUCCAGCGAGAUGUAAUGAUAAUAAUAAAUUAAUUGAA